AUGGGGAAAUUAGGUUGAAGUUAGACGUCAUUUGUUAUAAAACUGAAAGUACUUCCACAGAACUUCGAGUUUCAAAGUAAGAUGUCUUUAACCACAAAGUUACAAUAAUGAAAAAUUGAUGAAGCGGUCACUAUAAAUAACCAGACAUCCAGAUAAGCAUCGACGUCUGCUAUUGAUGGCUCCUCCCCCGCUACCUGUAAAUCUGCGAUGCCAUCUCCCGACAAAUGGAUGUGACAGGCGGCUGCCGGAGCCCGGAGACACAGAAUAUCACUAAAUUCUCUCGUCAACACAAGAAACUGUCUUUUUUUCACACCCUAUUUUCUUCCAGGAUGUCGAUAAACUGCGACCUUUAACGCGAGGAGCGCAUUCAACAGUGCGCGGCUCGGAGCUCAAGUAGCGGAGCUGCUGAGAGCUGCGCUGUUAAACAAGGUGGAGGAGUGAGUGAAGCCAUCGCUUACAACGCGUCUCUUUUACAUCGUAAUAGCACUUGAAUAGUUUUAUCCAUCGGGGCUGUGCAGGGAAAUCGUGAGUUUUUUAGGAGUUUGGCAAGAAAAUGUGAUUUUUACGCACAGAUCGAAACGGAUGACGCGCGAUUCCAGCCAUGAACGCGCAUCGUGAGGCGCGCGACUGAUAUUUUAAUUUCAAAGGAAGUUUUUUUUAUAUAAUUAUUAUCGUGCGUGUCUGCUGUCGACUCAACUUUUCCACGUCUUUGCCCAGUGAAGCCAGAUGAGAAGGCAGAGGAGCGGGAGGUGGUUGACUUAACAUGGCUGAGCCGCUGGGGCAUCAGGGGGCGCUGGCCGGUGCUCCCCAAAGCGCCUGAAUCCCAGUUGAGUUUUGCCUUUUGGGGGGAGGGGGCUGGCAGGUGACCAAAGGGCCGAUAAUGUCGAAGAGGGAUAAAUUCAACCCGGAUCCGUCCAUCCACAUAUCCAAGAUGAAUGUCAUCAUCCCGUUUUCCCCAGAUGUGCCCUGUGACAGCAACGGCCAACGGAUGUGGUGGGCUUUCCUCGCCUCGUCCAUGGUCACUUUCUUUGGGGGUCUCUUCAUCAUCCUCCUGUGGAGAACUCUCAAAUACCUGUGGACUGUGUGCUGCCACUGUAACGCCAAAAAGAAGGAGGUCCAUCGGAUCACCACAGGCGAUGGCAUCAAGCGCACGGACAAGGACGACCCGGCAGCCAGUGAGGUGGGCUGGAUGACCUCGGUCAAAGACUGGGCCGGAGUCAUGAUAUCGGCUCAGACAUUGACAGGAAGAGUCCUGGUGGUGCUCGUAUUUGCUCUCAGCAUUGGAGCUCUUGUUAUUUACUUCAUAGAUUCUUCUGAUCCGAUUGAGUCCUGUCAGAACUUCUACAAAGACUUCACCUUGCAGAUCGACAUGGCGUUCAACGUGUUCUUCUUGCUGUACUUCGGCCUCCGGUUCAUUGCUGCCAAUGACAAGCUGUGGUUCUGGUUGGAGGUAAACUCGGUGGUGGACUUCUUCACGGUUCCUCCGGUGUUUGUGUCGGUGUACCUGAACAGGAGCUGGCUGGGCUUGAGGUUUUUAAGGGCCUUAAGGUUGAUACAGUUCUCAGAAAUUUUACAGUUUUUGAAUAUACUAAAGACAAGCAACUCAAUAAAGCUGGUGAACCUGUGUUCAAUCUUCAUAAGCACAUGGCUAACUGCAGCAGGAUUCAUUCAUUUGGUGGAGAACUCGGGGGAUCCUUGGGAAAACUUCCAAAAUUCCCAAGCACUUUCCUACUGGGAAUGUGUCUACUUACUCAUGGUUACUAUGUCCACUGUUGGCUAUGGAGACGUUUAUGCAAAAACCACCCUGGGCCGCCUGUUUAUGGUCUUCUUCAUCCUUGGUGGUUUGGCCAUGUUUGCGAGCUACGUCCCUGAAAUCAUAGAGUUAAUAGGAAACCGCAAGAAAUAUGGUGGUUCCUAUAGUGCGGUUAAUGGGAGAAAGCACAUCGUGGUCUGUGGUCAUAUUACACUUGAGAGUGUGUCCAACUUUCUAAAAGACUUCCUACACAAGGACAGGGAUGAUGUCAAUGUAGAAAUUGUUUUUCUCCAUAAUAUUUCCCCUAAUCUUGAGCUGGAAGCCUUGUUCAAGCGCCACUUCACUCAGGUGGAGUUCUACCAAGGAUCUGUCCUGAACCCACAUGACCUGGCUAGAGUCAAGAUCGAAUCAGCUGAUGCCUGUUUGAUCUUAGCCAACAAAUACUGUGCAGACCCUGAUGCUGAGGAUGCAUCCAACAUCAUGAGAGUAAUAUCUAUCAAGAACUACCAUCCAAAGAUCAGAAUUAUCACGCAAAUGUUGCAGUACCACAAUAAGGCCCACCUUUUAAACAUCCCAAGCUGGAACUGGAAGGAGGGAGAUGAUGCUAUUUGCCUUGCGGAGCUGAAACUGGGCUUCAUCGCUCAGAGCUGUCUGGCUCAGGGCCUCUCCACCAUGCUGGCCAACCUCUUCUCCAUGAGGUCCUUCAUCAAGAUUGAGGAGGACACGUGGCAGAAAUAUUACCUAGAAGGAGUAGCCAAUGAGAUGUACACCGAGUACCUGUCCAGUGCCUUUGUAGGCAUGUCCUUCCCUGUCAUUUGCGAACUUUGCUAUGUGAAGCUGAAGCUGCUGCUGAUCGCUAUAGAGUACAAGUCUGAUCAAAGAGAAUGCAGCACCCUGAUAAACCCUGGAAACCACGUGAAAAUGCAGGAGGGGACUUUGGGCUUCUUCAUUGCCAGCGAUGCCAAAGAAGUAAAGAGGGCGCUGUUUUACUGUAAAGCCUGUCACGAUGACAUUAGUGAUCCCAAAAGGAUAAAGAAAUGUGGAUGCAAGAAAUCCAAGACGGCCGCCUACAAGAAAAUGAGACUGGCAUGUUGUUUUGAUUGCGGCCGCUCAGAGCGGGACUGCUCUUGCAUGCCAGUUAAUGUGCGUUGUAACAUGGACUCUCCUCAACGCGACAUCCCACUCUCUGCUGUCUCUGUUAAUGAUUGCUCAGCCACUUUACGUGCCUCUAAAAAUAGCUAUAAUGGAUAUAUCAAAUCAAUUGAAGAGGACCAACAGUCGGCAUUAUCGCCUAAAAAAAAGCAGCGUAACGGAGGCAUGAGAAACUCUCCAAACUCCUCACCCAAGAUAAUGAGACAUGACCCGCUGCUCAUCCCCGGGAACGAGCAGAUUGAGAGCAUGGACGAGAACGUAAAGAAAUACGACUCCACAGGGAUGUUUCACUGGUGCCCGUCCAAAGACAUCGAGAAGGUCAUCUUGACCCGGAGUGAGGCAGCCAUGACUGUUCUGAGCGGCCACGUGGUCGUGUGCAUAUUUGGAGAUGUGAAGUCGGCGUUGAUCGGUCUCCGGAACUUUGUCAUGCCUCUGAGAGCAAGCAACUUUCACUAUCAUGAGCUGAAGCACAUUGUGUUUGUCGGAUCACUUGAGUACCUGAAGCGGGAGUGGGAGACUCUUCACAAUUUCCCAAAGGUCUCCAUUUUGCCUGGCACACCGUUGAGUCGGGCGGAUCUGAGGGCUGUCAACAUCAACCUCUGCGACAUGUGUGUCAUUCUGUCAGCCAAUCAGAACAAUAUUGAUGAUGCAUCACUGCAGGACAAAGAAUGCAUCUUGGCGUCACUCAACAUCAAAUCCAUGCUGUUUGACGACAGCAUCGGGGUCUUGCAGGCUAAUUCCCAAGGCUUCACACCACCAGGAAUGGAUAGAUCUUCUCCUGAAAACAGCCCCGUCCAUGGAUUAGUGAGGCAGACCUCUGUCACAACUGGAGCAAAUAUUCCCAUCAUAACAGAACUAGCACCAUUAGCAAAGCCAGGCAAAAAACUGCCUGUGAUUUCAUUCAGUCAGGAUAAAAGCAGUGGGACCAGCAUACAAAUGAUAACUGAGCUGGUGAAUGACUCAAACGUUCAGUUCCUGGACCAAGACGAUGAUGACGACCCUGACACAGAGUUAUACCUCACUCAGCCUUUCGCCUGUGGGACAGCCUUCGCCGUCAGUGUGCUGGAUUCCUUAAUGAGUGCUACAUACUUCAAUGAUAAUAUCCUCACCUUGAUCCGGACACUGGUAACAGGCGGGGCGACGCCGGAGCUGGAGGGGCUGCUGGCAGAGGAGAAUGCACUGCGGGGCGGCUACAGCACGCCACAGACGCUGGCGAACAGGGACAGGUGUCGUGUGGCACAGCUGGCCUUGUAUGACGGGCCCUUCGCCGACCUCGGGGAUGGUGGCUGUUAUGGUGACCUGUUUUGUAAAGCCCUUAAAACAUACAACAUGUUAUGUUUUGGCAUUUAUCGGUUACGAGACGCUCAUCUUAACCAACAAAGCCAGUGUACCAAACGGUAUGUCAUAACCAAUCCACCGUAUGCGUUUGAGCUGGUGCCCUCAGACCUGAUAUUCUGCCUGAUGCAGUUCGACCACAACGCUGGCCAGUCUCGAACCAGCCUCUCCCACUCUUCCCAUUCGUCCCAUUCCUCCAGCAAAAAGAGCUCCUCUGUCCACUCAAUCCAAACCACCAACCGCACCAACCGAACCAAAAGCAGGGACUCACGAGACAAACAAAAUGCAACAAGGAUGAAUAGAGUGGGCCAAGAAAAGACAUGGUUUACAGAUGAGCCAGAGAAUACCCACCUGAGGACCAUACAGAUCAAGCCUGUGAAUACGCUCGCCAUCAACCAAGUCAGUCAGUGUAAAUCCACAAGCAGCUUGAUUCCACCCAUCAGAGAAGCAGAAGACGAGUGCUGAGCUCCGGACCCGCGCUGACACCUGGACGCUUGGAAACAUCGUGCAGGUGUCAGACUGGCAUUCGGGUUAUCUUCUCAUCUGCAAACAUCAGCCGAUGUUGGAUGAGACGAACACAAACUGCUUUCCUAGUUCACCUCUGCAGCUUAUUGUACAAGCAGAUUUAGAAUUAUACACAAAAUAUACAUGAAGACAAUCAUAGUCAAAUGUUGCAAUCACUCAAAAUUAGUUUGCUGGUGACCAGACUCCAUGACUUUUUUUGUUCCAUUUUGGGGAAUGAGGGUCACUUGAAGGAGAACAGCAAUGUAAAAAUGACCACUGCUACUUAAAGAGGUAAUUAUUAUAACUGGAUCAAGUUUUGCAAUUGUAAAAGUUGCCUUUUUAGCUGUUCAUGAACAACUACUACUGCAUUGAGUUUACCCAGUGUUGCAGAGUUAUUCUGUACAGUAUGUUAAAAUGUGUAUUUACAUCCAGCUGCGAUCCCACCACAAUGGCAUUGUUAGUGACUGACUCUCAGUGAUUUCUUUGCCAUUUGGAGCUAAUUCACAACAUUUGUGACAGUUAAGAUGGCCAGCGUCCAUGUGUAAAUGGCAUUUGGCUCCAGCCUUAUCUCUAUCCAUUUAUCUUUGUCUUAUCUUUGCCUUUUUGAGUCGUUUGUUAUAACUGUUUUCAUGUUGCUGUUUGGUUGCAAUGUCCAAAACCCCAGAAAUUGUAUUAAGCAAAGCUUUUAAGUAUCUGCAAAGUUUCUUUGGGGGUAAAACAUGAGGAAUAUUCUUUUUUUUAAUGCUUUUUUUUUUUUUUUUUACCAGAGCCAAAUAUGAUAGAGCUGUUUUGUUGUUAGAAUAUAACCAAAAAUCUCACACAGUUUUUAAUACAGUGAAAGAGAUAUUCAUUUACUUACAUCAUAGACGGCAAAGCUGAAUGCUACCGUAUAGCAUGGCACCAUAUAAGUUUGUAGAUUAGUUGAAUGUGAAAGCCUCAUAUUGCAUGAAGUGGGCAUCUUUAAGUCCUCCUUUGGCUGUAAGCACUGCCUGACACAGGAUUGUCUUGGAGGCCAUUGAGCACCUGUAUGGACUCCAUGACCAAUCUUAAUGCCAUAAUCAGAUGUUUUUGUAGAUAAAUGAAGAACAGCUCUAUCAUAAAAAAGUUAUCUUGGCUACAUAUGUGUUCUUAUGGGUUAUAUUCUGUUGGUAAAUCAUCAUGGUGAUCACUUUCAUAUCUGAUAUAUUCAUAAAACAAACUCAUCUAAUGAAGCACAGAUUAUAUGUUUCACUUUGUACAUGUAUAGGUCCAGAAUGCAGAGCUAAGGGUGUUAAUUAAUCUUGUCUUGUUUAAAUUAUACAACAUAGCUAUAUUGGCACUGUUGUCACUUUACUUCGGAAUCAAUGAAGGAGAAAAGAAAGGUGAAAAAAGCAACAGUGCAAGCUCAAUCCACAGAGGAUGUGUCUAGGCUCGGACUCGUGUUGGAAAGAGAGAGGUUGGGAUAUUUUUACUGGCACAGAGAACAUCCAAACUAUCCAUCCCUCAGUGCCAGUAAUGUGCCAGGCAGUGCCGAAGCCAACGGAGGACUCCAGAAGACCCACCGCUGCGAAAAGAGGCUUCUAGUUUAGCUGAAUUUUUUCAAAAAAAUUUGCUUCUGCUUUGAGAUGAAGAAAUGUACCUCUCUCUUUGCUCAGAGACUGUUCAUUUAAAAACUUUUAAAUUUCUUAAUAUGACGCUGUAAUUCCCUGGAGUUAAGGAAUUAAGUCAGUCUUAAAUCUAUUUUUAAGUGAUUCAUCAUCAAGAGCAGAGCCUGAUAGUAAUUCAUUUUAUGUACUCUUCAAAGAAAUCUGUAUAGCUUAAUGUAAAAUAUUUCUUUCCAGUGUGUUCUUGUUUGACAGUAUCUGUGGGGUUGAGACACAUUCGGCAUUGCAGUCUAGUUUGUAUUAUUUUGUGAAUUUCUUUUUAGCACAUCGACUUGUGAACACAAUGACAGUGCUAAGUUGAUGUUUCUGACUAUGUCAUAAUACCCAAUAAUUAAUACAGUUUAUUGUCCUGUACAAAUAGGCUUGUACAUAAAAUUGUACAUGAUUUCAUUUUGUAUUUUCACAAAUUAAAAGCUGAUGUAAUGUGUUCUA